CCGUUCUUAAAAACGUAAAAAGUAAUUGAGAUUAAAACUUACUAACCCUAUAUUUUGGUUUGGCGUAUCCUCUGUCACAACCCAAAAUCGAAGAACAAGUUGAAGCGAUUGCCAUGACCGAAUCGAAUUCCACUGCUACAACUACAACACAGUAAGAUGGUGUUGAAGAAAAGUUUAAGAUAUUAAGGAGUAUCGGGGAAGAAUGCAUUCAAGAGGACGAACUCUUGAACCUUGUUGCUAAGAAGCCUCAGCCCAUUUGUUACGAUGGGUUUGAACCGUCUGGCCGAAUGCAUAUAGCUCAGGGAAUUAUGAAGACUAUCAAUGUUAAUAAGCUGACUUCCGCUGGCUGCGAAGUCAAAAUUUGGAUAGCAGAUUGGUUUGCUCAGUUAAACAACAAAAUGGGUGGCGAUUUGAGAAAAAUUAAAACUGUUGGAGAAUACAUGGUUGAGAUCUGGAAAGCUGCAGGAAUGGAUUUAGAAAAUGUCGAGUUUCUUUGGUCUUCGGAGGAAAUUAAUUCCAAAGCAUAUGAGUACUGGCCUCUCGUUAUGGAUAUUGCCCGGAAAAACAGUAUUACUAGGAUUAAGAGGUGCUGUCAAAUUAUGGGCCGGAGUGAGGAAGAUGAGUUGACUGCUGCCCAGAUAUUUUACCCGUGCAUGCAAUGUGCAGAUGUCUUUUUUCUUAAGGCUGAUAUUUGUCAGCUAGGCAUGGAUCAACGGAAAGUUAACGUCCUUGCGAGGGAGUACUGCGAUGACAUUAAACGGAGAAACAAACCUAUCAUUUUGUCCCAUCACAUGCUUCCUGGAUUAUUGCAAGGGCAGGAGAAGAUGUCAAAGUCUGAUCCUUCUUCAGCAAUAUUUAUGGAGGAUGAGGAGGCUGCUGUUGUUAACAAAAUAAGGAGAGCCUACUGUCCACCAGCCGAUGUUGAAGGGAAUCCAUGUCUUGAGUACAUCAAGUACAUUGUGUUUCCAUGGUUCAACGAAUUUAAGGUUGAAAGGAACAAGGAACACGGAGGUGAAAAGGUAUUUACCACCUAUGAAGAACUAAUCAAUGAUUAUCAAAAAGGGGAGUUGCAUCCUGGUGAUGUAAAACCUGCUCUUUCUAAAGCCUUAAAUAGAAUUUUGCAGCCUAUCCGUGAUCACUUCAAAAAUGAUCAGAAGGCUAAGGAUCUACUGGAGAAGGUUAAGGGUUUCAAGGUCACAAAAUGAGUAACAUCUUUCCAUAUUGUUGUAAUGACAACAUUGACUUUGGUUCAGAUUUUCUACUCCGUUGUGUCAAAAUGAAUUCUAAUCUAAUACUCUACUUUAUUCAUAUAGUUGGUUGGUAUUAGCUAUUUAUAAGUAAUAUCUAAUGUAACAUUUGGAAUGAGGUUUUGUUUGAACUACUUGCGAAGAAAAGAGUUGUUAGUAACAACUCUUUUGAUUGUUGGUAUUUAUUGGCAUAUCUCAGUGUCCUUUUCUGGUCAUAGUAUGUGCUGAUGGAUAUUGGAGUUAAAAGUAAUGUUCGCCUCUA